CAAUAACAACUAACUCUAUUACACCAAACCCAAAUUAAAACAUCAAGUUCUUGAAAUGGCAUCAUCAACAACAGUUAGGAAGGUAUGGUCAUCAAGAAGGAGAUGUUCAAAGUACAUUAGGCAACAGAGGACUCGUCUUUACAUUAUUUGGAGAUGCACUGUUUUACUCUUGUGCUGCCAUGAUUAGUAUCAUGUACUAGUUCUUGUUCUUGAGAUAAUUACAUAGCUAGAUCAGAAUCAGAGCACAAGGUAGCAAUCUACAAAUUAUUAUUACAAAAACCUUUUGUAAUCUUAAUUAUUAGCUAGGUACGUAAGUACUAAGCAAGGCUCCACCUACCUUCAUGUGUAGAUUAUAUAUAUUUAUAUGUAAACUAACAUGUAUGUAAUAAUCAUAUAUCACCAAAUUGCCUUCUUUGAAUUUUG